CUGCACGCUUGUUUUCCUCAGCAGUACCCAUUUUGGAAAGAAAACUGUAAUCUUUCAGCUGGGAAAUCCUUCAUGUUUUGCUUCUUUCUCAUACACGAGUCUGUUGCUAACUUUGCUUUAUAUCCCCCUGUAAAAAGUCAUCAGAGCAUCCCCAAUUAAAAGCUUUUAGAAGAUAUAACCCAGAGCUACUUUUUUUAAGUUGUCAUAAGCUUCCAUUUCUAACUCGGUCGCAUUUUAGGUUUCUAGUGGUCGUUUCCAUUCUUUAGUUGUUUCCACUUUUUGGUUGUUGCCACUAUAUGAUUAGCAAAAGGGAUAACUGCAUGAAUGAUAGCUCCAUAAAGGACUAAUAGGGGUGACAAAACACAGAAGAACCUCAGGAUGUCUGUAAUUCAGCAAGGGACGGCAACACUUCGUAAAGCAAAGAAAAUCACUGUAAAAACAUGUCUAGAUAACCCCUUUGUUUUUCAGUGGAAAACCAUAGAUGGAAAAGAUAUGCAUUUUAUACUACAGACCUUAGAAGAAAGGAUUAAACAUGUUGGACUUAAAAAGAUUGAGAGUCCAAGAAAGAAAAAACGUUCCCUUACAAAAAAACAAAUGGAAAGAAAGUGCGAUGCUACCACCAACAAACUCCCUAAAGAGGAGGAAACAGAAAGCCAUCAACAAAAACCAGGGUGGACUGACAUAAGUAUCAGAAGACAGCUUGCUAUUGGAGUUAAUGAAGUUACAAAAGCAUUGGAAAGAAAUGAACUGCUUCUCUUGCUGGUGUGCAAGUCUGCAAAGCCUGCCAUGAUCACAUCGCAUCUCAUUGAGCUGAGCGCAAGUCGAGCCACACCCGCAGGCCAAGUGCCCCGGCUCAGUGAAACAGUUGCACCACUUCUUGGCUUAACAUCCAUUUUAGCACUAGGCUUCAAAAAGCAGUCUGAUAAAUUUACUGAAACAAUAGAAGCAAUAAUUCCAAAGAUACCAGCACUGGAAGUGCCGUGGUUUCAGUACAGAACUGAAGAAUCUGUGGCUUAUGCAGAUACAGAUUCUUCAGAAAAUGAGGAACCUGACGAGCUUGCAGAGGCACUGGGGGAUGAGCUCACAAGCCAGAAGCGGAAGCGUACAGAAAGCAAUCAGCCUGAUCUUUCAAAUGUAAUUUUGCAGCCUUUGAAAAUCAAGAAACUUGUCCCAAAUCCCAAUAAGAUAAAGAAACCACCUCGCAAAAAGAAAAAAGCUUUUUCAGCAUAACUGAUUGUAGUUUGGUUCUAUUAAACUGAUUUUUUACAUGCAGAAUGGAGUAUAGUCCUAACUGAACAAUCUUUUUAGGCUUUACAGUGUAAAGCUUUUGAAUACAAGGUGAAUUUUAUGUUGCAUUUGGUUGAGGUACUUUCUGCUUUAAUAAAGAAUAUUGCUCAGA